CUUCGUUGCUUGUUUCUAAUUUCUGUAAUUCUGUCUCCUUGAAGAUUUCAUUCUGUGUGAAAAUUUAGCUUUGAAUAACAACUAAAAACCUAAUAAAACAAUAUUGUGGCCAAAGAAAUUUGUUUAAAAUCUAACGACAAGCUCACAAGAAACGCAGAGACAAUCGAAUUACUAUUUAACAGAAUUUUUUACCAAGAGAGUUAAGAAAUUUCGCUUAAUAUAUAUUUUUUUUUGUGAGCCAUCCCUUCCAGUGCCUGCUGGACCAGGGUGCCAUGGAGCUCCACUUUGCCGGCGAGCCAAUUCCGGACCUGUGCGCCGACAGCUUCACGUGCCCGAAUUGCGGUGAGCUGGGUUUUUCGGCGGACGAGCUGAUGGCGCAUGUCCGGAUUCGUCACAGCGACGCCCGCACUGCCGUCAUCUGCCCGUUGUGCGUGGCGGUGCCGAGCGCCCAUCCGGCCAGGGUCGACAAUUUGCUUAGCCACCUGAGCACCGCGCAUCACUACAGUGCCGGCGGGGGCUUCCGCCUGGCCGGAACCGUGCCGCCCGUUACGCAUCACGUCCUGCCCACCGCCGAGGGGCCCCAGGUGCGCUUCAUAUUGCCGGAUGAGCAGAGUGAAGUAGAAUGGUAAUCAUGAAUCUCAAAUCGCUAUGGUUUUCUUAUUGGAAUUACCAAGAGCAAAACCAAAGACCAGGGAAAAACAUGGAAGAAAUAAAUGAGGAAACCC